AUGCGGUGGUUCAAGAAAGGUGAGCCGCCGCGGCUGCUUGCUGUUACGCCUGACGCCGAACCACGAUCUACCCGUAGAUCCAGGAUAGAUAUAUCUCCUGAGCGCUGCAUAAAUAGAAAAAGUAGUAGCAGCUCUGUGGAAACUAACUUCUACAAUCUCAACGAUCAAAUAAUUAUUGUGGAAAAAUCUCCACAUCGAUGUCACCGCGGAGGAGAGACUGCAGUUAGCCGCCGUAUAUCACUACAAAACGGUCCUACCUCACCGCAGGAAAGUUAUAAUACAUCACGUAAAAACCGCGGAGGAUCGCUGGAGAAAGAAUAUAUGGUAUAUCGAGAAAAACGAAACCCGUUACUCGAUAAAGUCAAGAAUACCAAAUUAUCAUGUUUUAAAUCUAACGGUCCAUUGCGACAUGGCGAUGAUGCAGCAUCCACCUCUGGAAGUGAUUGCAGUGGAUUUGGUCACGUAGAAGAAGUCGCUAAUUGUCGUUACACGAACAAUUAUGCUGAUACACAUAUUGAAUUCGAAAAUCAUAAUCCAUGGGUGAAAAUGCCCAAUUAUGACGAUGAUGUAUUUUUCGCCAAAAAUAUGCCUAGUCCUGUAGAGUGUCACUGGCGAGAAGGUAAAUCUUUUACCAACAGAGGCACUCGUUGCUACAGUUCUGGCUCCGAAUGUGAUAGGUAUCAUGCAAUACCAAAAGCCGGUGCAAAACUUUCUAAAUCGAGUGAUCAAAUCUUUAACGAUGACUAUGAAAAUUACGAUAGUACGCCUGUUGCUCUCAACCCUUCUAAAAAGACUGAUAAGCUUAAGAAUAAAGACGGAAAGGAAUCCGUUGGGCCUAGUUCCUGUUUAUCAGCAAAAUUAAGAGCUAUGUCUGAUAGGUACCUUAAAUCAUCAACAAACAGAUUUCUUUCAAAACUUUAUCAUAAGAAUGGAGAAAAUGAUGAAGACUUAAACACCAGUAAUGAGAACAUUUUAAAGUCUACCAGUGGAGUUAAAAGUCGCAAGAAAAAAGGAGGAGUUAAAGCAAAACUACGUAGUUUCUCCUAUGGUGCCUUGCCUGGAUUAGAGGAGUUCCAAAAAGGUCAUUCUGUAUUUCACGAUGAUGUUUAUCAGAUAUCUUGUGACGAUGAGAAUGUCUUAAUACAAGAUUGUGAUGAUACGGAUUCUGGAAUAUUAGUCAAUGAAUCAGCAGCAUCUUCUAUUUUUGACAGUGACAGAAUUUCUUCUCGAUGUGAAAGUUCCGCUUCACAAUCAAACAAUUUAGUUCCUUGCCAUAGUAGAAGUGUGUCCGGUGACCAAAGUUAUGUAAAAACUAGGGUUUCAGGUAGAAUGAGUAGAGAACGAAGUUGUCCUAGACCGAGACCUAGACAUAACCAAAGAGCUUUGUCACUUGAUCGUAAAGAGAUUCUUAGGCGUAUGCCAAAGAAGGAAACUGAAUGUGAGGAACCUCAAUAUCUACAACUAACUGAAAAACAGAAGAUGCGUCAGAGAGAUGCUACUCGGGAUUCUGGAAUCCCUCCCAUCCCGCCGUGUCGAAAGCCACCUAAAGCUAAUAAGUCUGACAUUACAAGUGUAGAAUUUAAAGUAGUCAGGAUAAUGAAGAAUAGUCCUUCCGAUGAACUUGGAAUAUUUAUUGCCAAAACAAGAUUAAGUGACGAAGGCCACAUAGGGUACUUAGUUGCUCAUGUGAUACCUGGUGGGUUAGCCGAAAAAGAAGGGACUCUACGCAUAGGAGAUGAAUUGCUCAAUGUCAACGGUCGGCGGCUCCGUGACCUGACCAUGCCUGAAGCCAAAGAAGCCCUAAAAUCGGGUGCAUCUGAAAUUGAUAUAGUCAUCUGUAGACAGCGCGACAAAAUCUCAUCAGACAUUAGGCACAGAGAAUCAUCUAAAAGACGAAUUAUAUUAAUGCGAGAGAGCUCGGUGGAUUACGAGAACGCUAUAAUUUUAGGUAAGGAAAAACGCGUUGAUAAAAGUGACGUCAGGACAGACCGACGUCGGUCGCAGGACGAGUCCGCAUGUAAUCAUAGCGCGCUAUCAGCAGCGGACGAGCCGACCGACGGCAGUCCGAGCUCGCAUUCACACUUCCUCAAAGGACAGAACGCGAGUUACAGCAGUAUGAAUAACAAGCUGCUGCGCCGACAAGUCGUGAGUUAUGGUGGCGCUAAUAAAGACGGGCUCGCUCUCAGUUGUACCAGUGACAUCAAUGUCAAUGUUGAUACUCCGGAUGGCGUUGAAAGAACACAGUGUAAAGAUGACAGUGAAAGUGAAACACAGACGCCAAAUACUGCUAACUUUUGCACGUUACCUCGGAGACCAAGGGCUCCUACACACACGUACCAUACGAUCACAUUCGAAAAGGGUCACGGAAAGAAACCUCUUGGAUUCACCAUAGUGGGAGGUCGCGACUCACCGAGGGGUCCACUUGGAAUAUUUAUUAAAAGUAUUCUUCCACAAGGGCAAGCAAUUGAUGAUGGAAGACUGAAAGCAGGUGAUGAGGUGUUGGCGGUAAACGGCCAGGCUUGUCAUGAGCUAGCCCAUGUAGAGGCUCUAGCGUUAUUCAAAUCGGUGCGCAGCGGACCCAUCGAGCUCAGAGUAUGCCGGAGAGUGAAAAAUCCGCAAUCAACCAAAGCUAAAUCAUGCACAGACCUUCUCAACGACGACGAGUGA